AUGAGACAAUCUGAUAUAAACGAAUCUGGAAGUUUGCAAAGCAACAACAUAAGAGAAAACUUCGAUGGAAAUGAAACUCAGUUAAAACGCGAGAGAAGCAUACCUCGGCUUCGGAAUCAGAGACCGCGCCAGAAAUCUGAGAGAUCGGACUCAGAAUCCUUGAUUCUCUUCGUUCCUGGAUCAGAUGACCGCGCAAAGCCCAGCCCAGCCCAAUCUAUAUCGUUUCGUUUACCAGAAGAUCGACCAACUAAACCGUUCGAUUUUGGUUUUCGUUUGCUUGGUUCGGUUGAGACUUCGAAGGGAAUUAUCAACCGGAUCAGAAUUGUUGCAAUUUGGUGUGGGGGCUCGGUGUGGUUCAAAAACACAGCAAUUGGGAGAGUUUCGGUUGACAACCCGAUAACUUUAGCCUUUAGGGUUUCUAACGUUGAAGCUCGAAACACUUUCGAUCCUAAAGAUUUCUGUAGCCGGAGACUUCAUUCACCGAUACUCAAGAGGGAGAAAGAGAGGAGAGAAGCGUUAGAAGCAAUGGAGGGAGCAGAAGAAGCUGGGGCGGAGAUAGCGGUUGAUUCAAAGGACUUACAGCAGCAAAGCAAAGCUUUCGACAAGCUUACCGAUCGCGUCGAGGAUCGCCAGCUCGAUUCUUCUCGUGUUCAAUCGUUAGUAAAUUGUUUGGCUUACAAGGUCAAUAUCGUGUUUCAGGCCAUGGCUUCUAUUGCUGCUUCUAGAGAGGCUGAUCUAAAUGCGAAGAGAUUGAGGGAGAAGGAACUAGCUUCUGUUAAGAUCAAUGCUGCAGAUGUUGAGAUUAUUGUAAACGAACUCGAGCUUCAGUGCAUGAAAGACUCUUCAUUCAUAAGGCUGCGUGCAAAAGUUCUGAAGCUUGUGAUCCUUGUAAACGAGCAGCUGGAGAAGAAUGUGGUGGAGAGAACACUAAGGGAGAACAAAGGCGAUGCGGUUGCUGCAACUAGGGAAUUGCUUUCGCGAUAUCCUCUAUGA